GCAGCAAACGUGGGGUUUCUCCUUUCUCUGUAGUUGAAAAGUUUUUUUAAUGGAGAGAUUUUGUUUCAAAAAUCCAAUUUUGCUAUCGUUUCUUCUUGUUUUGCUUCUCUUCAUCUCCAUUGCUUCUACUCAAAACGACGACGUUGAUCAUGGACGUAAACGGGUUCAGAUCCGGGUCGGGUUGGUAUUGGAUUUGGGUUCCGUGGAAGGGAAGAUAGUGAAAAGCUCUGUUUCAAUGGCUCUUUCAGAUUUCUACGCUAUUAACAAUGAUUACAAAACUAGAGUCUCUUUUUCAGUCAGAAACUCUCAUGGAGAGCCUCUUCUUGCUCUUGCUUCUGCUGUAGAUCUGUUGCAAACUGAAGGAGUGGAAGCGAUAAUUGGCGGGAAUUCGUUGUUGGAAGCGAAGCUUUUAGGGGAACUUGGAGAGCAAGCUAGGGUUCCUGUGAUUACGCUUAACUCUCCCAUGUCAUUGUCAUUGAGUAAAUACAGUUACUUGAUCCAAGCCACACAUGAUUCUGUCUCUGAGGCUAAGGGAAUUAUAGCUUUCAUCAAUGGGUUUGAUUGGAACAGUGUUGCUCUUCUUUAUGAAGAUCAUGAUGACUGGAGAGAGAGUAUGCAUUUUAUGGUAGACCAUUUCCAUGAGAACAACGUUCGUGUACAGUCCAAGGUUGGUUUUACUGUCUCUUCAAGUGAGGAUUUUGUGAUGGAUCGUUUACAGAAACUGAAGGACUUAGGAACAACAGUCUUUGUUGUUCACUUGUCUAGAGUUAUUGCAACUCAUCUCUUCCCAUGUGCUGGGAGAUUAGGGUUGAUGGGUGAUGGGUUUGUUUGGAUCCUCACUGCUAAAACAAUGAACAGCUUCAAUGAAAACAUUGACGAUUUCUCAAAAGAGGCAAUGGAAGGUGUGGUUGGUUUCAAGUCCUACAUUCCAAUGUCUAAAGAGCUUCGAAAUUUCACUUUAAGAUGGAGAAAAUCAUUGCUGGUUGAAGAAGCGGAGAUAACUCAGUUGAGUAUCUCUGGCGUAUGGGCUCACGAUAUCGCUUGGGCUCUAGCGAGUGCAGCGGAAGUUACAAGGAUGCCAAAUGUAUCAUCAACUCUCCUUGAGGCAAUCUCAGAGAGUAGAUUUAAGGGUUUGAGUGGUGAUUUCCAGUUGCAUGAUAAGAAGUUGUUAUCAAAAAAGUUUGAGAUUGUGAAUAUGAUAGGAUCAGGUGAGAGAAGGGUAGGAUACUGGAAUUCUAAUGGUAGUUUCAGCAGUAGAAGACAUUUAUCUUCUACUCAUGACAAGCUGGAGACCAUCAUUUGGCCCGGUGGGUCUGCUCAAAGUCCGAAAGGGAGUAGUCUAAGAGAGAGCGGUAGAAAAAAGCUGAGGGUUUUGGUUACAUCUAGCAAUAGAUUUCCAAGACUGAUGAAAGUUGAGACUGAUCCGGUAACAAAUGAAGUAAUUGUCGAAGGGUUCUGUAUAGAAGCUUUUCGGGCUUCGAUUAGUCCUUUCAACUAUGAAGUUGAGUACAUACCUUGGCUUAAUGGAAGUAACUACGACAAUCUUGCAUAUGCACUUAGUAGCCAGAAAGACAAAUACGAUGCAGCUGUGGGAGAUAUUACAAUCACUUCCAAUAGAUCGAUGUAUGCUGAUUUUACGUUGCCAUUCACUGAAAUGGGUCUUGGAAUUGUAGCACUAAAGGAGAGAAGUAUGUGGGUGUUCUUCCAACCUUUAACACCAGACCUUUGGAUAACAAGUGCAGCUUUCUUCGUCUUGACCGGCAUUAUAGUUUGGUUGAUAGAAAGAUCUGAGAACAAAGAGUUCCAAGGAUCUUGGCCACAACAGAUUGGAGUUGUGCUUUGGUUUGGCUUCUCUACCCUUGUUUAUGCUCACAGGGAGAGGCUAAAACACAACUUAUCAAGAUUUGUAGUUACAGUUUGGGUAUUUGCGGUGCUCAUAUUGACCGCUAGUUACACUGCAACAUUGACAUCAAUGAUGACGGUACAACAGAUACGAUUCAACUCAAAUGAAGACUACGUGGGUCACCUUUCGGGCUCCCUUAUCGCAAAUGUGGCCCUCACUAGUUCCAGCCUCCGAGCAAUGAGAUCAUUAGGUCUCAAUAGUUCUGCAGAUUAUGCUCACGCCUUGCUGAACAAGACUGUCUCUUUUGUUGUUGAUGAGUUACCAUACCUCAAAGUUCUCCUUGGCGAGAAUCCGACACAUUUUCUCAUGGUCAAGACACAAUCUACCACCAACGGUUUCGGCUUUAUGUUUCAAAAGGGCUUUGAGUUGGUGCCUAAUGUGUCCCGGGAGAUUGCGAAGCUUAGGACGAGCGAGAAGCUAAACGAGAUGGAGAAAAGAUGGCUUGAUAAACAACUUCCAUACACAACCGAUGAUACAUCAAAUCCUAUAACCCUUUACCGAUUCCGCGGUUUGUUUAUGAUAACCGGAGUUUCAUUCGCUUUCGCUCUUGCAGUACUUCUUAUUCUCUGGCUCCGCGACGAAUGGACAGUUCUUGUGGAUUCGGUUAAACUAUUCAUCUCGCGACAAAUUAUACAUUUCAGGAUCCACUUUGCUAGAAAUAUCCAUCCUAGUCCUCUCGAUGACCCCAUUGGCGGAAAUGCAGUUCAAAUGGCUCAACGUAACAGACAAUAGGAACAGAUUACGAUAGAUAAAAAAGGUCCAUAACUAAUCUUUACUUGUAAAUGGCUUACAUAUAAAAGUAGAAAUGAUGUUUAAAGACCAAUCCUUGUAAAUUGUAGAUGAGAUCAAAUCAAACCCACCUUUAUAAUGUUGGUUAAUACUAUAUGAUUAGUGUCUUCCAAA